AUGAAUCAACAUAAUCAGGUUCGAUUUCAAUUGGAUGAGCGAGCCCCCCUUCAAGAAGCAGCAAUGAUUGGUGAGAGGACCCGACCAGGAAGGCUUGGAUUCAUACUUGUGAAUCCAGAGUUGUUGGAGUGCAAGACUAAGACCAAGGGGGCAUUAGAGAGGGAGUUCAAAAACAUGCUUGCCGAAGCCCUUCAGCGGAUUGACCAGGAGAUGCUGGAAGUGGACGCAAGCACAUCAGUAUUGAAGGUCCGUGUGCUCAAGACUGAUGCUGAGGUGGAUCUGCUGGGACCUCACGGACCUCCACUUGACGAAAGAAACGCAGGAGUACAACACGUCAUCUAUCCAAAUCCUCCCUUUCCAGAAAAUCCUAGCUUUGAGCGUGGACCAGGCCAGAGAUUCCCCUAUCAAAGUGCAUAUGGUACACAAAAACAGACUGAUGCGGCUGCUCGUGACAGGCUUGCCCAGAGGUCCCUCUGGCGUGCCAAACUCGAGAUUCUGGAGAACAGGCAAUCCAUAUUGAAGGACAAGAGGUCUGAGAUGAUGUCAAAGUUGACGGCGGUGUUCGAUAGAAUUAUGGCGGAACCAUCUCACUUGGAUGCUGGUUAG